AUGAACCUUCAAGCUAUCCUCCUUGUCUUCUGCAUGUCUGCCGGCGGCAUCUUUGGUAUUUCUGUGAGCGACUGGAAGACAGCAUCUCCUGACAUGAUGGGGGAAGUGCAACAAGUAGCGAAGUAUGCGGUGGACUACAUGAACAUCAAGAACAUUUUCUGCACGUCGGUGAUCUUGAACAAGAUUGCGAUGGCCUCAUACUUGUCAACAAGCCCUGCGGACAAGCAAUGUUUUUACCUCCUCUUGGACAUCGCAAUGGCCGAUCAGUCCAAGACUCAACCCGUGCAGAUCUGCAAGAAACCGCAGCUUCCCUGGUCGAUCCUCCUCCAGACCUCUUCGAAGAACAUCAAGUCCUCCUCCCCCGAGAUGAUCACGACUGUUGGAGACUCCUGGUCUCAGCUCAGCCUCGAUGCUCCCGUGCUGCUGGAGGGGACGAACGCAACGGACAAGCUGCUGAGAUCCUACGCCCUGAAGCCGACGACAGAGGAGAGCUACGUGCUGAACCAGCUGCUGCAUGCAGAGACGAGGGUGCGGAACAUCGGGCAAGAGAUUUCGACCCUCAGCGACCUGCAAACAAGCAGUCAGACCCUCCUCCAGCAGGCCUCCGACCAAAUCUUGAAGCUACAAGCAGUCCUGGUCCAGAAGCUGAGCUUCAAGAAGUCUGCGCUGGAGAGCGGAAAUUCCGUGGACUCUGCCUUAAUCUCCGGGAUCAACUCAGACAUCUCCGCCUUGCAGAACAGCAUCGGCGCGGCCGAACAGCAGCAGAAGCUGAGCCAGCAGAAGAUCACUGAAACCCAGCAAGGAAUCCAGCAGCUGGUCGAGCAGGAUGCCAAGGCGCAGGCUCAGGUCUUGUCAAGCGGCCUGCAGAAGAACUCGCUGACGUACCUGUAUCUCAUCCUAGACUACAAGAAAGUUGUCAACUCCGUCGAGACGAAUGUCCGGGCAAAUGCGCUGGUGUACAAGGACGUCGAUGGGGUCUGGAAGAUGAUCGACUAUCAGACAAGCUCGUGCAACUAG